UCAAACCCCAUACAGUUACAGAUUUCUUCCUCCUAAUGACAAUAACCAUACUAUCGAGUUCUUAGUAUGAAAAUAGUGAUGCCAUCCUAUUUCAACAGGUUCAGGACUCCUAAGUAUAUACUCGUGAAUUUGGUGUUGCUGUCACCUGAAGUUCGUCUACUUCCAUGCGUACAAGAUUAAUUAUUGAAAAGUUUAAUUACACAUGUCAAUUAAUGUCCUAAUCAACGUUAUCUUAACUCUAAUAAUGGGUUUUAUAAAUAAAUAAAAACUCUGAUAAUGGAAGAAGUAGCAAAUUGGGAACAAAAUAAAUAUUAUUAUCCAAGGCCAGGGAGCAUCUUGUUGGAAUUAGCUUUUUUUGUUAAUAUAUAAUUCUAGAAAGUAUAGGAUUAAUUCUAGUUCACAGCCUUGGUUUCAACGUGGAGUUUCUUAAUUCCAUUGACGUGACACUAAUCACACUAUGGACCGAUCAUGACUACAGUCAACAAUAUUACCUUUCGAGGAAACGUACAAGGCUAGCUAUGCUUAGUCUGGUCUCACAAUGAUUUAACUUCAAAAUAUAGGGUUAAGAAGUACAAUAUUGUCUGUUUUGGGCUUAGUCCCACACGAUUUUACUUUUAGAUAGUAAUAUGGUGACUUUUUAAAGACGGUGCAUCUUUGUAUUGUUCCAGUCUAAACAUGUUUAAUUUCAAAGUUCUUUUAAGAACUUUCCAAUUUUGCUUCAAAAUACGUUUUGUCAUAAAGUUGAUUUUUUCCUUAUGAUACUGGUUUCAUCAAACAAUAAAAAGGAACGAUUAUUUAUGACAUUAUAGUAUUUUUAUCAUUAACUCGAUUCGGAAUAUUAGUCGCAUUUGUACCAUGUAGCUUCUUUUUUGCGUUAGAUAAUACAAAACAUGUUAAGAACUCAGCCUAUCUAACAAUAAUGUGUGGUGACGAUGGUGGCUUUCCUUUGCCUUGUUUAAGUCGAGAUUAGCAUUGAUUACGACUGGAUAUCGCUACUUGACGGGUCAAUUAAUCAAAGCCUACUGUUUGUAACUACAGAGGGGGAACAAGAGUCAAAGCAUAUGAAUUGAUAGAGGAUAUUUAGUUAUAAUUAGUCUUUAAUUAAUUAUAAGAUUACUGAAACAACGACACUUCAUACUUAACUGAAAAAACAAACUUCAGGAGAAAAGAGGGUUUGAUUAGCCGUCAACUAUAUAUGUUAUCUCAAGAAUGUGAUGAAAUAAUUCAAUAACUUUGUAUAGAAAAUAUAAUGAUUUAUCAAACCAAAAUUUUUUGGUCCAAUUUAUGAUGUUACGUGUAAUGAACCCAUGUGUCCAAUUUCUCCAAAGAUUAAUGAUUUUCUAAGGCUUCGGUUAUGGUACAAACAAAACACAGGAGCUACAAAAUCCACGUCUUACCACUCCUUAUACCACUCCUUAUACGAAUCAUACCAUCUUCUAAUUGUAACAGGGUGGCGAGUGUGAUUCCUAUUAAGAGUGGUAAGUAAGACAAUAAUUUUGUAGAUUUUGCAGUUCUAGAUUUUGUAAUACUAAAUUUGCGUUUUGCUGAACCCUUGGACGAAUUAAUAUGCAUAGAAAACAAAACAACUAUAAGGGUUAAUUACAAGUUUGGUCACUCGAAUUGCUACAAAAUUUCACGUUUGGUCACUAAAAUUAGUUUAUUCCAUUAGUAGUCACUUAAAUUAAUUGAACAGUCCAAGUUCGGUCACUCUCUGUUAGACUCCGUUAAUGACAACCAUUAAGUGAUGACGUGGCUAACAGAAAAUUACAGUCAGCAUAUUUUAACCCUAAAAAAUGACUACCCGACCCGCCACGUCAGAUUUGGCCGCCAUGUCACCCUUCCCUACCCAACCCACAAACCCGCCCCCCUGAAUCUGAAAAGUAAAAUCGAAAUAGGAAAGGGUAGGUCACUUUUCAUUCUCCAUCGUCCUCUCAUCCUCCAUUGCCUUUCUUUUCACUUCAUUUCUGGGUUCUCCCUUUCCCUGUGGCAGGAGCAACGAUUCGUUGCCAGAUAACAGUAAUCAUGCCUAUUUUCCCAGAGAGCAGCACACUUGGGGACCAAAUUAGGCUCAGAAGGUCCGGUAGAAACAACUUCCAUUCCCAUCAUCUUCAUCGCCAUCAGCUAGACCCAGCAGCAACAGCCGAAAUAGAUCCCAACCCACAACUCUCUCGCCCUCCCAAAUCCACCACCAUCUCUUCCCUCUUCAUCUCCCCAUUCUCCGCCAACUCAAGCGAACCCACCACAAUCACCAUCGCCAACAACAGUACUGUCGGCGGCAAGAAGAAGGUCUACCUUCAGAGGCUUGGGAUGCGCUGCUGGGGCUGCCCGUUAGGUGUCUGUCGCGACGGUGAUAAGGUCAUCGGCGGAGUAGGAUGGAAAGAAAGUAAAGAAGAUGAUGAAGAAAAAAGUUGUGGUUGCGUCUCCUGGUCCUCCCCCGUCGCUGCCGCAGCAGAGGAGGAAGAUGAGCGAGCAGCAAGGGGUUAUCGAUUUUACUUUUCAGAUUCAGGGGGGAUGGAUUUGUGGUUGGGUCGAUUAUUGGGUUGGUUUGCGGGUUGGGUAGGAAGGGUGACAUAGCGGGCAAAUCUGACGUGGCGGGUCGGGUAGUCAUUUUUUAGGGUUAAAAUAUGCUGACUGUGAUUUCUGUUAGCCACAUUAUCACUUAACGAUCGUCAUUAACGGAGUCUAACGGAGGUUAACGGAGAGUGACCGAACUUGGAUUGUUCAACUAAUUUAAGUGACUACUAAUGGAAUAAACCAAUUUUAGUGACCAAACAUGAAAUUUUGUAGCAAUUCGAGUGACCAAACUUGCAAUUAAGCCCAACUAUUACUAUAAUCACAUCUUCAUUGCUGUAAAAAAUCACAUCUUCAAAUAAUUAUAAUUUAAAUUUGUAUUUACGUACUAAAUCUAGUUAUGACUCUAAUGACUUAGAGUUAGCUUUAAUUACCAGGUCACAUAGUUGGAGUUAACGACUUGAAUUAAGAGUCAUAAACUGCUGAGAAAAGACACUUCACGUAAAACAAUAUCAUCAGCUCUGAGUCAACUCUGUUAAGGAUUCUGUCCAAUCCCACUAAUUAAAAAUAAUAAAAAAAUUUCAAUUAAUUCGAAGAAUUUGGUUUUUUUUUUGGUACACUUUCUUUAAAAAGGUAUUGAAUGUAUAAUGAAGCUGAGUGAACACCUAUACAUAAUUAAAAUUUCCCUUAUAAUUCUUAAUAUGAUCUUUGGAUUGCAUCUCAGCAUAUUUUCACGAUUGUUAUUUGAAAACAAAAAAAUAUAUUUAAAAAUUGGAACGUUCUUCCAUUUCAACUAAAAAAGGCAUCUCCAAAAUUGUUCAAAAUCUUGGUAAUUUUGAUGAACGAAGUUCAUUUCGAUGUAACUUUCUUCCAUUUCAACUAACCACAAAGUGUUAUUGUAAAAAAAAAAACUAACAACAAAGUAUCUCAGAAUUUGUUCAAAUUUUAUCGGAAUGUUCGUAUUCAAUUAUCGUGAAUGAAUAUAUAAAUUUUAAAUUAAAAAAUAAGUUGAACUAUUCAUAAGUUAGGAUUGCAUAAUACGAAACAUUAAUUUUUAGCCAUCAGGGUUGCAGCUGUUUCUGUUUUCGAGGGGGCUAAAAUAGCCUUAAAACCCCUAAUUUUUGCCCCUCUGGUUGUGGUUAGUCUAACGAUGAAAAGUGAUAUAGGGCUAGUUUGACCCUGUUGUAGUUUUUGCAGAAGCAGUCUCUGACCGGAGCUUUUAGGGAAGUACUUUUCAAAAAAAGCAAUUGAGUAUUUUGCUGGAAAAACUAUUAGAAGUGUUUUUUUAAUAUAAGAGGCUAUGUAAAAUGACUAUAAAGGAUUUAUAAUAUAAAAUAUGAAUUAAAAUUAUAAACAAUAAAAAAUUGUGAAAAUGGAUCUUGUUUGAUUUUUCUUUUAUGUUAAAUAAUAUGAUUUUAUUUUAAAUUUCCAGAAACCACACGAUUGUAUAGCCAAAGAGACUAGGUUCUAUUUAAUAUUUAAAAUGAUAUAAAUGAAAUAAAAUUAUAUUUUCUGAAAUAACAUUAAAAUAUGGUAAGAAUAAUCUUGUAUUUUCAAAACAACUUUUCGCAGAAGCUCUAAAUAGCAGCAUUUGCUUUUAUGAGUUUUAUUUCGCUCCAAGUGUAUAUGUUUUGACUGACUUACAGCACAGAGUAGUAAGAAUAACACGUGCAAUAAUAAGUAAAAUAACAUUUUUCAGUGAUACAAGUCAUGUACUUAUCUGUGACAAUUGAAGACUUUCUACUUGUAGUUUGGUAUGAUAGACCUCCAACAAAUAACCUUAUAAUUAUGACACUUUGAAUUUUUUUUAGAUCUCCAACAAAUAAUACACCAUCUUUCACAUAGCUUCAAGAUAUCCAUUUAUUACCGUGUCCAAAAUCAAACGAGUUAUUUUCAAAUUAUACAGAUGUAACUCAUUUUGAGUCAUUUAUAACUAAUGAUUCAAAUAACUUAUUUCAAUAAAAUACUGACAAAACGAGUUAUUUUGACCAAAAUAACUCACCUAAAAAACAUUGAAUUUGGGA